AUGGCUGAGGAUGGUUAUGCUUAUGAUCGUGUGCCUCCAGGCUACCACUUUUGCCCCUCGGAACAAGAACUCCUUCUCUACUACCUUCGCCCUAAGGUAAACGCUGAGGAGGUACCCGGGGAAAACCACGUCGUUUUUGACUUCAAUCUAUACAGUGACCAACCUCGGAAGAUAUGGGAUCACUUCCAAACAACAAGACAAAACGAUUUGAAGAUGAGCAACGACCUCUACUUCUUCACUGAGCUUCAGACAAAGACCACAAAUGGCUCGCGUGUAUCCCGAACUGUUGGGGGCGGCACCUGGAAAGGCGAAGAUGGGGGCAAAAAAAUAUGUGCUCCGGGAACUGACCAUGUUAUAGGAAUCAAAAAGAGGUUUCGCUAUGAGAAUAAGGGGUCUGCAGAGCAUGGCAAGUGGCUCAUGAAUGAAUUCGAACUUGGUCAAUCCCUGAUACACAACAGACAAUAUUGA